GUAUUUCUUGCCCAAGAAAACUCUAUGAAAAAUUCAUAGGGUCACCAUAAAACAGGAGAUUUGAAGGCAGAUACACACACAUGCAGGGAUAAAUAACUAUGGUAUUUUUCUCCCCCUGCAGGAGAAAACAAAUAUUCAUCCCUAGUUCUCCCUACAUUCAAAUGCCCUGAAGUACUAGGGAAGAAUUAUUCUGUGUAAAAAAGCCACACACUUUUUUUGCUGCAGGAAACAUAUUUUUUUCUGCACAGAAAACCGUUUUUUUUUUUUAAAAAACAAGACCAUGCAUUUUUCUUUGCCAAACAAUUUGAGUAAUGUGUAUAGUAUAAUAUGUGGAAAAGAGGGUUGGAAGGGGCCUGAACUCAAGAAACUAGAGUCUGAGCAAUAGAGAACCCAUGUUAAACUUAAACAAAGGAGAGAGUUUUGCUUUGAGAACACAGAGAUGAAAAACAGGCAAGAGGGGCUUUGAAGGCUUGGAAUGCUAUGAGCUAAUAUUGAAUGCUAUGUUGUAAUCUGCUUGGAUUCCAAGUGAUUAAGUGGAAUAUAAAUUAUUAUUAUUAUUAUUAUUAUUAUUAUUAUUAUUAUUAUUAUUAGAGUUCACCAGGCAAUUACAGGGUGUAGAAUGGAGAAUUUUAAAAAUAUAUCUGUAUAUCUAUAUAUAGUAGCAAGAAAUAUGUUAUGCUAUUACCUGUAUGCAAAUAUUAUUUAGGAGCUCAUCCUAUACUGAUUGAGAGGUAGUGUUAUCUAGUGGUUUCAGUUUUGGAUAAGAUUCUGGAGACCAGGGUUUGAUUCCCAGCUUGACCAUGGAAACCCACUGGGUGACCUUGGUUGAGUUACACAUUCUCAGCUCCAAAAAACCUUACAAUAGAUUCAUCUUGGAGUCAUCAUAAGAGAAACAAUUUGAAGACACACAACAACAACCUAUGCUGAUAGGCUUAUGAGGCAACAAAUACUUCCUGGCCUGAAAGGAGAGUCAAGGUGGUCCAUUGGACAGACUGUCCGAUUCUGUGCUUCAUUUUCAAAAUGAGAUAUGCUUAUUUCAAUGUGGAUAAAAGCACUAUUGGCAUGUCAUAGUGUUGUCUGAGUAAAUCCCAGUUUACUUAAACCAAUUUUUAAUAAAUUUUCCUUUAUGGCCGCUUUAUACAAUCACUGAACUACACAUAUAUGAAGAUAAGAUGAACUCUGCUAACUCAGAUUAAAAGUUCAUCUUAUAUGAAUAUGUUUGUAUAACCAGAAGGUCUGAAUACUUUAUGCCCACAGAAAUGUAUGGUUUCUAGCCUACCUAACAAAAUAAUGCCAAGCCAAACCUUUAAGGAAAAUUUAAAUGCCUAUAAAAAUUUAUACUUAAUACUUAAAUACUUAAUGCAUAUAGGAAAAAAAGGAGUUUUCCAAAAUUGUAACAUAAGGUCCAUAAUUUGUGCUUGUUGGAAAAGCAAAUAAAAGGUUACCAAAGUGAUACAAACUUGUCUGCUGCUUUUGUUCCUCUGAUCAGUCUGAGUUUGUGUGUCAAUUACUCUCUCCUAACACAACAUUCCAGACCCAGUUUAACCAAUUUCAAAUGUUCAGCCCCUCUAGUCCUCUGUAAUACUUGGCAUUUUUAAAACAGGCUGCUGCCAAAAGCAUUGUUACCAUCUCCUUAUGAAGCAAUACCUAUCCAGUAGCUUUGAUAAACAAUUAGUAAUUAUUAACCCUCAGCCUUAUAACAGUAUUGUUCCUGUAGAAUUCCUGCAUGGCAGGGGGUUAGACUGGAUGGCCGUUGUCAUCUCUUCCAACUCUAUGAUUCUAUGAUUCUAUUCUGGUAAGUGGCAUAUGAUUAUCACUUCUCCUCCUACUUCUCAAUUAUCAUUAAGACUUAUUGAAAUAACGGAGCAUUUUGAAAAUGCAUCUGCCCUGUUUGCAACCACGCUGAAUUUGUGACAAUCUGAACAAAUCUGUGGAUCUCUUUCCAUCCAAUCAAGAUUGGUUUCCAGGGUCAACCUUUGACCAAGUUUCAAAUCUCAGUUGUGCUUCUGUAAAUAAGCAACGGAAAAUAAACAUUUACCAAAGAAGAAGGGGCUGAAUGCUUGCAAGUGACUUCGUGCUUCCCACAUUUUAAAAAUGAGGUCUUUACAUAUUUUUAAUGCUGGACGAAAGCACAGUGCAAUUGACAAGACAAACUCUAUUCUUCAAAGCAUUUGUCAGCUACCUUUGUGGAUUUUACCUACUUUCUUUUUCUGGAGCAUUUCGGAUGGGGGGAAGGUGCUGGUAAUACCUGUGGAUGGCAGUCACUGGCUCAGUAUCCAUCCAGUUAUGGAACACCUUCAACAGAGAGGACAUGAAGUAGUAGUUGUUGCUCCUGAAGCAAACUUGUGGAUGAAACCGUCUGGAUCCUACACAAUGAAAACAUUUCCUGUCAACUACACAACAGAAUACUUAAAAACCGAAUUCCAAAAGCUUGGCCACAGGAUUUUUGCACGCCAGCCUUUCCUAGUGAAAAUGACACAGACUUUUGAAAAAAUAAGAAAUGUUACAACACUUAUCUUUGAUAACUGCAAGCAACUCUUGUACAACAAAGAACUGAUUACAUACCUUGAAGAAAACCAAUUUGAUGUUGUAUUUAUAGAUCCAGUGUCUCCAUGUGGACAAAUUUUGGCUGAGUAUUUAUCUCUUCCUUCAGUUUACUACUUACGUGGAAUCCCAUGUGGUUUAGACUUGGAGGCAACCCAGUGUCCAAAUCCACAUUCUUAUGUCCCAAAGUUCUUCACUGGCAAUUCAGAUCAUAUGACAUUUAAUCAGAGAGUGAAGAAUUUUUUGGUUGGAUCACUGGAAUUUUUGAUAUGCUAUCUUCUGUACUCACCAUAUGAAGUUCUGAGCAAAGAAUUCCUACAUCGAGACAUGACAGUAAAAGAGCUCUAUAGUCAAGCAUCUAUUUGGCUUCUACGCUAUGACUUUGUGUUUGAAUAUCCAAGGCCCAUUAUGCCCAACAUGGUCUUCAUAGGAGGUAUAAACUGUAGAAGAGAAAGUCCACUAAUUCAGGAAUUUGAAGCCAUAGUAAAUCAAUCAGGUGAACAUGGCAUUGUCGUGUUUUCCUUGGGUUCAAUGGUCUCUGAAAUUCCAAUGAAAAAAGCCAUGGAAAUUGCUGAAGGACUGGGAACAAUACCUCAGACGGUGCUGUGGAGGUACACAGGCGAGACCCCACCCAACCUUGCACAAGCACCAAAGGUUGUUAAGUGGCUUCCGCAAAACGACCUACUUGGUAUGUCUGGGCAGAGAAUUAAAUGUUGACUUUCUAUCUAUAUA